AUGGUAGCCUUCCUCUUUAUUAAGCAGAAAGCUCAAGGCCUGUACGUCAGUGACACAUCAGUUGUGCUGGCAGAAACCAGAUAUUGUGGAUCGAAGGCGUCAUGGCAGAAAAAGCGUCCACCCGCCCGCUCCGACCUGGAGAAGGGCGUGAAUGGCCUACACCUGAAUGACGUGGCCCUGGACACCAGGGCACUGCGCCCAAGGUUCCAUUAUGACGGCACCGUCACAGAGCCCCUCGUCCCACCCAUCUACCAUUCCUCAACAUACAAGUUGAAGUCAGUCGAUGACUUCCUGAAAGUCAUGCAUGAGGGUGGGUCAGUGUAUUCCCGUCUGUCCAACAUCACCACAGAAUCUACCGAAAGUGCCAUCAACGCCUUGGAGGGUGGGGCGGGCAGUCUGGUGUUUGCCAGCGGUAUGGCAGCCAUCUCCACGGUGUUUCUAGCUCUCCUCCAAAAGGGGGACCACAUUGUGAUGAACGUGCCGGUGUACAGUGGCUCUCAGGUGCUCCUCAAAAGGCUUGUCAGUAAGUUUGGUCUGGAGGUGUCAUGGGUACCCGCAGGCUGCUCUGUAGAUGAAUAUCGCCGAAACAUCAAACCGAACACCAAGAUUAUCUAUGGCGAGAGUCCCUGCAAUCCGGACAUGUCCAUCCUAGAUUUUGAGGAGUUUGGUAAACUGAGCAGCUCGCUAGAUGGUGUAAUAUCUGUCGUGGAUUCCACAUUCGGCUCCUGCUAUCUGCAACAGCCAAACAAAUACGGCAUAGACAUAAGCCUUCACAGCUGCACCAAGUACAUGGGAGGACACUCCGAUCUGAUCGCCGGCAGUGUCACUACCAGGACAGUGGACCUGUGGGAGAACUCAAGACGUGGCAAACGAGCCUUGGCUUCCCCUCACGACUCCAGCCUGCUGCUGAGGGGACUGAAGACGUUACCCAUCCGCAUGAAGAAGCACAGCGAGAACGCCAUGGCGGUAGCCAAGUACCUGGAAGGACACCCGAAGGUGGAUAAUAUUACCUGUCAGCUAGGUUCAAGCAGCUAA